AUGGCCAGUUUGUCAUGUCUUGAAUCCACGUUGAAGUCGUCCGGAGAACAUGGAGAGUUACCUAAACCAAGUCUCCAUAAUCUUUGUUACGUUAUCUCGACAUCAGGUUCUACCGGGAAGCCUAAAAUAGUUGCCAUACCACAAGGCUCAAUCUCUUCCGCUCUCAGCGCGCAGAUUACGGGCUACAGGCUUGACGAGAAUUCGAGGGUAGCGCAGUUUGCCUCAUACGUGUUCGACAGCUCUAUCCUGGAAAUCUUUGGCACCCUUGUUGCGGGCGGAUGUGUUUGCGUGCCAUCUGAUGAAGAACGCAUGUCUAACUUCGCCGGGUUUGUGCGACGGAUGGGGGUAAAUCUACUGGACGUGACGCCUUCGCUCAUGCGCACACUAUCGCCAGCAGACGUACCGAGCGUCAAGAUACUCUCAUUAGGUGGAGAGGCCCUUACUCAGGCCGACGUGGAUACGUGGGCAUCUCACGUUUAUUUGAUCAACACCUAUGGCCCCUCGGAAGCCUCAGUAAACUCAGCAAUCAGCAGCAGACUACUCCCGGGCUCAGAGGCCAGCAACAUAGGCCGCGGAGUGGCUUGCAGACUCUGGGUUGUUGAGCCCGAAAACCAUGAUUUGCUAGCACCUAUCGGAGCAGUGGGUGAGCUUCUGGUGAACGGUCCAAUCUUGGCACGUGGCUACCUGGGAGAUGAGUUGGAGACUAGCCGAGCCUUCGUUAGUGAUUUAGUAUGGCAGCAAGAUGAAGUCCUCCGCCGAUUAUGGUCCAACGAUGAUGCCUACAGACUCUACAAGACAGGAGAUCUGGUACGGUACAAUACCGAUGGAAGUCUCAACUUCCUAGGCCGCCGCGAUGCUCAGAUCAAGGUACGUGGUUAUAGGAUCGAGCGUCAGGAGAUAGAACAUCACUUUCUUUCCAUUAAUAAAGUGGAGCAUGUUGCCGUGUUUGAUGGAAAAGAGGGUUUGUGCAAGGGCAAGCUGGUCGCAGUCGUUGGCCUGCGCCAAGAUGGUGAAGGCGCAAGCAAGCCACACCCUGGAAAUGCGACGGGCGACUUAUGGGAACUUUAUGAACCUCACAAUCUUGCCGAGACAGCGAAGAUCGAGCAGUAUGUGAGGCAGAGACUUGCAUCUCCAUUGCCAAGCUACAUGAUUCCAGACUUGAUUCUGCUUACGAAGCGCGUGCCUCUUCUUGUUUCAUACAAAGUAGACUUGAAGACGACAACACGUGCCGUAUACGACAUGGACGAGACCCUGUUUCGGAGAGCAAGCAAUCCAGGGGGGUCCAAAGACAACAGCGCCAAGGCAGUGGGCACCGAAUUGGAGGAGAGUUUGCGCAAAAUAUGGAGUGAGGUCCUGGAGAUAGACAGAGCCACCUUUGGUUUAAACGACUCGUUCUUCGCCCUCGGAGGGGACUCUAUUUCAGCCAUGAAAGUUACUCGCCGCUGCAGAGAAGCAAAUCUUCACAUGAUGACGCACGAUCUGCUUGCGGGUAGGACUAUCCAGGGACUUGCAGCCCGCAUCGUGGGCCGAAGCAUGCUAUCUCACACAGUCGUGGAUGGCGAAAUUUCUUCUGGGCCAGAUCGUCGCGUGUGCAACAUCCUAUCAGUUUCGGAACAAGAGGUGGAGGCUGUGAUGCCAGCCACUCCUUUCCAACAUCAGGUUUACCAUGCCAGCCGUACUCACCCAGGAAAACCGUAUUGUGCCACGUUUCUCGCACAAUUGACAACAAAGAACUCGGAUGGUCUAGUGGACGUCGAGAGGGUCCUUCAAGCCUGGCAGAGCGUCGUCAAUCGUCAUUCUAUCCUGCGUACGGUAUUCGUGGCCGACUCUCAAGAUGACCUCUUGCACCAGGUGAUCCUCCGUGAGACGAAGGCACAUGUUGGUGUGCGGCCUGUUGAGAGUGAGAAAAGUGCUGUGGAACGUCUCCAAGCCGAUCACGAUACGUUCGUACAAAACUUCAACUCUGACACGGGCAACACCAAACCGGGACCAACUUACCAUUUGAUUCUAUCCCUCACUAGCUCUGGGGAGCUGUUUUUGACGAUGAGCCUGAGUCAUCUCGUCACGGACACGGUUGCCCUGGAGCAUAUGCUCGUCGACCUAGACAUGUUUUAUAACAACGGGACACCCAGCAAUCCAGGCACAGCAUUUGCAAAGUACACCAAGUGGUAUGACACCCGUACCGUAUCAACCAAUAACAAGGCCUGGCAAGAAAAAGUUUUGCGUGGCGCAAAGCCAUGCAUCUUUACGCAGCCAUCGACUCAGUCUUUCGCCGCUAAUUAUCUACCUGUUGAGGAGGUCUCAAUCCCAUUCUCGAUUACCUCCUCGCAGUGGCAGACGAUAUCCGACUUCUGCCGUCUUGCUCAAGUCACGACCUCCCAUUUCUUUCAGUUCUGCUGGGCGCUUUUACUCAAGUACCACACGCAGCAGGACAUGGUAUGUUUCGGCCAACUCAUCGCUGGUCGGGAUGCGCCGGUGGCCGAUGUAGAAGACGUCGUGGGACCAGUUCUAAGCGUGCUACCUGCGUAUGUUGACCUCUCUCCAGCGGCGGUACCGGUGCUGGAGUUGGUUCAGUCGUUCCAAACUUCCAACAUUGAGGCCUUGGCGUAUCAACCAUGCUCUUUAAAGGCCAUUGAAAAGUUAGCAGGUUGUACAACGACCCAGGGGCUAUUCAACACCAUGGUCAAUAUUCGCAAGGUGCACUAUCAGGGAAAGGAGCUGGAACAUCAUCUCGGGCAAAGAAACUUAAUAUUCAAACCCUUAGAGAAGCGUGACUCUUCGGAAUACGAUCUAGUUCUUCAAGUUGACGAGAGUGGGGGAAAUGUUUCUGGUGCAUUGGCAUUCUGGAGCCAUCGGUUUGAUUCUGAUACAGUGAAAAAAUACUUGGGCACCUACAUGGCUAUUCUUGAUUUGGUCUCACACACUCCAAACUCUACGGCUGUGAUGAUUCUCAGUCAAGUUGGACAAUCAAGCGAGUAA